AUGUUUAUCUUUUGUGACGUCACUCAGCAAUGGCUCCGAGGAGGUUAUAACCGGAAUGUUGGCACCGUUUCUGGGUACCCUGUUAUCUUGCGCACACAAUAUCGUACGAGCGAUGUGAUAACAGCUGAUACUGUUUUUGGGACGCGGCCGGUUCACGCCGCGUGCGUUAGUAAGACGUGGUCACGCGCCGCGAGCAGACACAUCCACGUCCACGCGCGCCGUUUGCGUAUCGGCCCCUCGCCACGCAUCUCACACCCACCCGCCGCCAUCAUGAGCAAGCGGAACGACCACUUCACCGUUAACCCUUCAAUUUUACGUAUCUCCGACGAUAAAACCUUGCAGCUUGUUCUAGAAUGUGAAAAACAAGAAUGUUUAUGGAAUACUCAUUUGGUUGACUACCCGAAUAAAGAGGAACGGCUGUGGGCAUAUGAAGUCAUAGCUGAGAGGUUAGAUAUACCGAAUUUCACAUCUCGCCAUGUUAUGACUAAGUUCAAAAACUUAAGAAAUUCUUAUUGCCAGGAGUUGAAGAAGAUAGCAGCAGACGAGAAGUACAAACCUAAAGUAAUGUGGUUCGCGCAUAUGGACAAGUAUCUCCGACCCCACUUGCAGAAGAUAAAGUCUUACACGGAGAAAACAAAGUUAUUACAAAAGACAACUGACGAAGGUAAAAAUCACGUAGACAGUGAUGAGCAGAUAGAGAGCAAAGAUUGGACCAUUGAACAUACAUUACAAAGUGAUGGUUCCUGUUCCAACCAAUCAACACAAUACAGAAAUGAAGGCGUAGAUAGAUUAAAUGCCCAAGAAAAGUUUUCAAAGAAGAGAAAAUUUUCAGAAGAGUCAAUCAACGACAGGAGUAAAAUAAAAAAUUGUUACAUUGAUACUGAGGACAGUUCAAAUGAGUGUCUGGAAGGUGAAGACCCUUUAACGGGAGUGAGUACGAAAAUACUUGAAAUAGAAGAAAUGCCAUCAACAGCCCAGUUAACUCCAUCUCGAGAGGUUGAACAUUACGAAGCCUUCGGUACUUAUAUAGCUUCAUUGCUGAAGUCUUUGCCGCCGAAGAAGGCUUUACUGCUACAGCCGAAAAUCGUCAACAUGAUAGUGUCAGUUGGCGUGGAGGAUCUCAGUGAUGGUGAAUUCGAUCUUCAUUAA